AUGUCGGUGCCUGCGGUGGAAUAUUCGAAGGAGGAGAUACGGCGAGUACUCGCUGACGACGAGGGCAGCCGUGCAAGACAUAGAAGACCACACAGACAUCGCGUCAAACAAGACACCGCGGCCUCCACGAUACGCAGGCAUAUUUCUGAGUCAUCCUGGACUAUACGCAACUGGUGGAGACACAUACAUUGGCGAAAUUUCGUGCUGGUGGUGGUCCUGCCGGCGCUGGCAUUGCUAUCUAUGUGGGCAAAGGUUCCCCUCACACCAACUAUGCUGAAGUGGAGUGCUGCAAAUUACCUCCUUUCGUGCCUGGCAGUAACGGCUGGGUACCACCGGUACUGGGCUCAUCGAACAUUCCAGACUCACCGUUUUGUGGCGUAUUUAUUCGCUGCGGUUGGUGCUGGUGCCGGUAUCGGUCCAGCAAAAUGGUGGUGUGGAUCCCAUAGAGCCCACCAUCGGUAUUGCGACACCCAGCGCGAUCCAAGCAAUAUCAGACGAGGAUUCUGGUACAGUCAUUUUGGGUGGAUGCUUUUGAUCCACCAUCCCAAGGUCCAGAAAGCCAUUCACGAGUUCGAUGAGGACCUAGGCCGCGACCCGGUGGUGGUAUGGCAGUACGACAACUACGCCAGACUGGUGAUCUUGUACGGAUUUGCGGUGCCGACUGCGGUGGCAGCGUUCUGGAUGUCUGAUUUGUGGGGUGGGCUGGUGUACGCAGGACUGUGGCGAAUGGUGCUAGUCCAACAGACCAUGUUUGCAUUCAACUCGUUGGCACAUUGUGUGGGGUCGCAACCUCUGGAUAACCGUCGAAGUCCACGGAACGCGUGGUUGCUCUCCCUGAUCACCUUUGGAGAAGGCAACCAUAACUUUCACCAUGAAUUUUCUUCGGAUUAUCGCAACGGUUACGAAUGGUACAACUUAGACCCAGCCAAAUGGGCCAUAUACUUACUCUCGCUGAUUGGGAUGACCUGGGAUCUGCACCGAGUAUCCAAGGAUUAUAUUAACCAGUCACUGCUGCAGCAAGAGCAAAAACUUUUGGAUGCCAAACGAGCAAAACUCAACUGGGGUAUACCUAUUGAAAGAUUACCUACUAUGUUGCCCGAGGAGUUCAAGCGAUUGGCAACAGACGCAUCAGUGCGAAACAAGUCGCUUGUUGUGGUAGAAGGCAUUGUGCAUGAUGUAACUCCAUUCGUGCGGGACCACCCUGGUGGAGUGGCUCUGAUCAAGAAGUCUGAGGGUAGAGACGCCAGUGUUGCGUUCAACGGUGGUGUAUACAACCAUUCGAACGCCGCGCACAAUUUACUGGCUACGAUGCGGAUAGCAAAGCUCGUGGGGUCGGAAAAACUAUUCUGGAAACAGCAACAGAUCGAGAACAAGGAGAUUCCAUGGAAGAACGAUUCCGAGGGAGUACGAAUCGUCCGCAGCGGGGAGCAGGUGACAAUGUCGAAGACGCCUUCGACGACCGCAGAAGCCGCUUGA